GGCGGGGCCGGCCAGGAGCAGCUCGUUGGGCGCGGAGCAGCGGAGCUGCAGAGUGAAGACUGACUGGAGACCUUCUCACCCCAGGCCAGCUGCAGGCCCCCCGGGAUGCUCCGGGCAUGGCCUCUGGAGGCCCACAGAAAAGCAGCCAGAUGGCCUGUGGCACCGAGGAGACCCUGGGCUUCCUAGAUGCACUCCUCCAUGACUUUCCAGCCCCUCUGAGCCCACAGAGCCCUUUGCCCUGGAAGGCCCCAGGGACAGUGCUCAGCCAGGAGGAGGUGGAAGGCGAGCUGGCCGAGCUGGUGAUGGGCUUCCUUGGCAGCAGGAAUGCUUUGCCACCACUUGCUGCAUCUCUUGCCCAUGAGGCCGUUUCCCAGUUGCUACAGGCAGACCUUUCUGAAUUCAGGAAGUUGCCCGAGCAGGAGGAGGACGAAGACGAAGAGAAGGCCCCUGUGACCCUGUUGGAUGCCCAAGGCCUGGCACGGAGCUGCUUUAACCAGCUCUGGGAAGUGUGCAGCCAGUGGCAGAAGCAGGUGCCAGUGACUGCUCGGGUCCCACAGCGGCAGUGGCUGGUUUCUAUCCACGCCAUUCGGAACACUCGCCGCAAGAUGGAGGACCGGCACGUAUCCCUUCCUGCCUUCAACCAGCUCUUCGGCUUGUCUGACCCUGUGGAUCGUGCCUACUUUGCUGUGUUUGACGGUCACGGAGGGGUGGAUGCUGCAAGGUAUGCUGCUGUCCACAUGCACGCCAACACUGCCCGCCAGCCAGAGCUGCCCACGGACCCUGCCGGAGCCCUCAAAGAAGCCUUCCAUCGCACCGAUGAGAUGUUUCUCCAGAAAGCCAAGCGAGAGCGGCUGCAGAGCGGCACCACAGGCGUGUGUGUGCUCAUCACAGGAACAACCCUGCAUGUCGCCUGGCUUGGAGACUCUCAAGUCAUCUUGGUGCAGCAGGGACAGGUAGUGAAGCUGAUGGAGCCACACAAACCUGAGCGACAGGACGAGAGGGCACGCAUCGAAGCACUGGGUGGCUUUGUGUCUCACAUGGACUGCUGGAGAGUCAACGGGACCCUGGCCGUCUCCAGAGCUAUCGGGGACAUCUUCCAGAAGCCCUACGUGUCUGGGGAGGCAGACACAGCCUCCCGGGAGCUGGCGGGCUCUGAGGACUACCUGCUGCUGGCCUGUGAUGGCUUCUUUGACGUCAUCCCCCACCAAGAGGUCAUUGGACUCGUCCAGAGCCACCUAGUUAGGCAUCCGCAUCCGGGCAGUGGACUUCAUGUCGCUGAGGAGUUGGUAGCUGCGGCCCGGGAACGGGGCUCCCAUGACAAUAUCACAGUCAUGGUGGUCUUCCUCAGGGACCCCCAAGAGCUGCUAGAGGUCAGGGUUCAGGGGGCAAGGGACUCUCAGGCAGACAUGAGAAGCCAGGACUUGCCCUCUGGCCUCUCAGAGCCCGAGACCAAUACUGCACAGAGAAGCUAGGUGGUCCAGGCCUCCCCCUACUCCCUUCUUUCUGCCCUUGUGAUUCUCCCCCUCGAAGGCCUUAGGACCCAACAGGCAGCCAUGGGCAGGGGUGCCACCCACACAGUGCUUCUCCCCAGCACCCCUGAGCCACUAGUGGUGUGCCCUAAAGACUGAAGAGCUGCAUGAGGCAGCAAGCGGAUCUCAGAAGAAGUCUGGAGAAAAGAGCUCACCAAAGAGAUGUCCCAGGAAAUGGACCGGCUCCUGCUUCCAGCUCCCACUGGGGCAGGGGUGGGACCAGAGGCCACAGCUCCUGGUGGCAGCCAGACCAAAGACACCAGGUGUGCACAUGUAGCAGCGUGUGGGACCCUCAGGCAGACCCAGGAGUCACAUAUGUUUUCAGGCACGUCCUGGAGUCACGCUCAGCAGGCAGGUGUCUUGCCCAGGUUUCUCAUCACUCCUCACUGUGGCCGUGGCCAUAGCCAUGGAGGGUUCAUACUGAUAGAUGAGCCCAGCAGAUCCUGGUUGGCCAUGCCAGCUUGCCAAAGAGGAGAGAGCAACCCAGUUGGAAAGAGAGGGAGCACCAGGGGUCUGGUCUGCAGUGGCAGCCUGUGACAUGGUUGGGCCCACCAGAGCCUUCCAAGCCCUCUCUCUUCCCUCAAACACCCUGGGGAGGUGAAGCUCCAAACCUGUGACACACAUGUGUCUUUUGUGCGUAUGUUUGGGGUUCUUUUUCCAGGGGAAAGUCUAAUUCAGAAGCAGUAUUUCAAGUUUUAUCUUUAAUUUAAGAGUGCCAAGAUGACCCGUUGUGUCAUGUAAUUUAAGCAGAGCUUAGCAUUUAUUUUAUUCCUUAGAAAACUUACGUAUUUACUUUUUUUUUUUAACCGUUUUUUUUGGAGGGGGGGACUUUUUUUGCAGUAUUACUGAAUUUUUUUCCCUCAAAUCAGGAUGGAAACAGAAACUUUUCCAGGUGGUAUUAAUAAACCACUCAAGUGCCUUAAACAACUUUAAACAAGACUAGAACUGCUGGGCCUGCAAUGGAUUCUGGUAGGCAUGUUGAAGUUUUUACAAAAGCAGGAUGUUUUGCUGGGGAGGCAUGCCUUUGACUACAAAUCUUUCUGGAAGGAUUCUUCCUGCCUCUUUGUGAUGCUGUGUGCCCCCAGGAGCAUCCCUGAGAUAAGUGGCAGGAGCCGUGGCUGCCAAGUGGCAGUGGUGGGGCUCAGACAGAAGGGCUCCAGGCAUCUGGGGUGGCUGGGCCCCGUCAGCCUCACUCACCCCCUUGGCCCUGCCACUCUGGCUAGAUCCCAGGCAGAGGAACCUUGCUUCUGUUUGACUGGAACAUUCUCGAAUGUCUUUUGUACUGAUAAUCAAAUUGGUUUUAUUGGGAAAGAUGCUUGAUUAAGAGGCUCUAGCAAGACCAGAGGCAGCCUGUGGGUCUCUGGCUUUGUCUGGAGGCAGCAGGGAUGCUGCUGGGUGUCUGAUGGCACAGGCCACAGCCCCUCUUCUGGCCCCAUGGCUCACGGCCUCCCCUGCCUUGCUCUGACCCGUAAUUGAGCAGUCUCCACAUUCCUUAGUGCACCCUGGGAUGGCGAGGCUCACGAGCAGCCAUGCUUGGGUGCCUCAGGGAGCUCACAUAGCUUAUGUAGGGUCAAAAGUGGCAUGGCUUGGCAAGAGUGCCAGGCAGAGGGCAGGGGUGCCGGGUGUGAGGAAGGGGGACUCAGGAGGGACUCAGGAGCAGCCUCCCUGGGGAAGGACCAAGCAGUGGGAAGCGCUACUCCAGGCAAAGGCCAGCAGGUCCAAGAAGGGUGUGGGUGGCUUAGCCAAGGCUUUGGUAGGGAGAGGGGAAAGACUG